UCCCUGUGUUGUUACAUAAUCAAAGAUGGCGCACAAAACAACAAAAUUUCUGACAAGAAUCUUGGCUCAAAGAACUCUUAUUCCUUCUUUGUUGCUWUCUUCCAAGACUACGUCUGCUAUAAAAACAAAAAGACUAGUGUUUUUUAGAGCCCUCACAUUGAGUACAGGAUUACUGGUAAAAAACACUGAUCAAGAAUGGAGGGCCAAACUUAAUCCUCAACAAUAUCACGUGUGCAGAGAGAAAGGAACUGAACCACCAUGGUCUGGGGAGUACAAUGCGUCACAAGGAAAAGGUGUCUAUCAGUGUGUUUGCUGUGGGGCAGAUUUGUUUAGCUCUUUGACCAAAUUUGACUCUGGCUCUGGCUGGCCUUCAUUUUAUGAUGCCUUGAGAGACAACGACAAAUCUGUGGUAAAGGAAAUCACUGACAAAAGCCAUGGGAUGAUCAGAAUUGAAGUUCUUUGUAGACAAUGUGACAGUCAUCUUGGCCAUGUAUUCAAUGAUGGCCCUCCACCUACUGAACUAAGAUACUGCAUCAACAGUGUAGCCUUGAAAUUCAAAUCAGAAGCAGAAUGACAGAAAGAUGUAAAACUUGAUUAAUGUGAUAUGCAUGAAUGAAACUUUCAAGGAUAGACAUGACAUCAUUCUCAAUAGCUAGCUCUUUUUACAGACUCAACCCAUAUAGGUACCCUUAAUGAGCAUACAUAGAAGUGAGGCUAUUGCGUCAGGAAUCAGAGAAUGCUCCAUCUAGUAAAUGAGCAAAAUUAUCCAGCUUAAACUACCAUUAAUAGCUUGGUAAUUUAUUAUAAAAUGUUCAAUUAGACUUUCCAGCAGUUCUUGACAUCCUAUCAUUUUAAUACUUAAUAAAACCCCUGGAGUUGAGUUUGCAAUAAAUUUCAAGAAAAACUA